UCGAUGGAAUCAAGAUGGCGACUCGGGCGAAAGCGCCAAUAUAUUUACUGAAGUAGAUGUCCAAAAUUAACCGCGGAAGCGGGUUUAACCAAGCCCUACAGGGUUUAUGUGAAACAUGAAGCCCGGAAGCAUGUUUUGGAAGAGGAACUGACCGGAAUUAUCCCGUAACGAAGUCAGCGAGAUGUGCGAGAGCUAUGCCCGCUCGCUGCUGCGUGUUUCGGUGGCGCAGAUCUGCCAGGCUCUGGGCUGGGAUGCGGUUCAGCUCACUGCGUGCGAUCUGCUGUCCGAUGUGCUACAUCGAUAUAUCCAGCAGCUGGCCAGGGCCUGCCACCGCUACUCCGAGCUAUAUGGAAGAACAGAUCCCGUCCUGGAUGAUGUAAGCCAAGCCUUCAGGUUGCUGGGAGUGAGUCUGAGUGAACUGGAGGACUAUGUCCACAACCUGGAGCCUGUUGGUUUUGCCCAUCAAACACCACUCUUUCCAGUCAGCAAAAACAACUUACUGCAGUUUCCUCAGCCCGGAGCCCGAGAUGCAGAGGAAAGGAAGGAUUACAUUCCAGAUUACAUGCCACCUCUGGUCUCCUUACAAGAAGAAGAGGAAGAGGAGGAGGUUCUUGCUGACAUGGGCACCUCAGCUGAAGCCAUGCAGGUGGCCAUGGAAGAGGAUGAGGAGGACAUGGAUGAAGAUGAGACUGUCAAUGAUGAGAAUCACCCCUUGAAGCGGCACCUGGACAGUCCAGAUGCAGCUAUGGGCAUGAUGCCUACCUCCAAGAGACCGCGCAUGUAUCCUGGCCUCAGCCCAGAGUGGGGGGUCGAGCCCAGGGAGCCCCUUACCUCUCUCAACCCUCAACGUGUUCCCCCAGGAAUGCUUCCCUCUCACGACACCCUCGACCCUUUGUCACCCGAAACACCCUCUGGAGCCCUGCCUUCCUUCAGACCUCAGCCAGUUGUACCAAAACACUCUGAUCAGAAGGGUCUCACCACUCCAGGAAGAAAGCCUAAGGUGUCGUCCCCUGGCAGACAACGAACGAAGUCCCCUAAAGGGGUCCCUUCUGUUCCAGUAGGCAGCAGUCCCAUCCACUCUCCAAAGCCGUCUAAGGAGAGGAAGAAAUCUCCAGGCAGGACCAAGAGUCCUAAAAGCCCCAAGAGCCCAAAGAUGGGUUCAGCCAAAGCAUCCCAACCUCAGAGCAAAGCAGACAGCAUGCAUAAGCUGCCACUGUCUGCUCUGAGUGAGAGGAUGGGCAAAGAAAACAUCCAUAUGCGACUGAAUAUGGAGGACAGAGACUUGGCUGAGGGUCCUUUUAAGAAACUAGAGCCUGAUAACACAGCCAUUGAUGACUCCAUCGAUGCUGUGAUUGCCAGAGCAUGUGCUGAGCGGGAACCUGAUCCUUUUGCGUUCUCCUCAGGCUCCGAUUCAGACAGCAAUGGAUUCUCCAGCCCAAGGAGGCUUACCAUCAUGGAGCCGACUACACCCAAAGCUUUGAUCGGGGCCAGUAACUCUUUAAAGGACACGUCAACACCACUUCACCUACAGGGACACCCAGGCCUUGGAAAUUGGACUAUGGAUGAUUCAAUCAAUGAGGUGAUCCGAAAGGUCAAUCAAGGCGGUCCAUCUGCAGCCCAGCCAAGCCAGGGAAGCUUCGUAUCGUCUGGAUCUGCCUCCCCACCAACUCCUGAACCUCUCCUUAAGAUGUUUGAGGAGAAGAACAAGAUGGUGUCAUCAGUGGAUGUAAAGAAAAAACUGAAGAAGGAGCUCAAAACUAAAAUAAAGAAGAAGGAGAAAGACAAGCCAAAAGACAAGGACCGGGAGAAGGAGAAGGGCAAAUUAAAAGAGAAGAACAAGGACAAGAACAGGGAUAAAUCCAAGGAGUUUUCCAAGGAUGUCAAGAUGCCCUGGAAGGAGUUUGGAAUAAAAGAUGGGGAGCUCUUCCUUCAGAGGGACUUUUCUUUAGCUGAGGGCUCCAUUAAGAUAAAAUCCAGAGAUGGAGAUGGACUUAAGAAAGAGAAGGAGAAACACAAAGACAAAAAGAAAGAUAAAGAAAAGAGUAAAAAGGACAAAGACAAGAAGGACAAGGGUAAAGACCGGAGCAAGGAGGACAGACAGAAACAAUCUGCGUUAGCUCCCUUUGCUCUGGGGGAAAUUCCUCCUCUAUUCAGCCCCUCUGCCUGUCUUCGCAUCCCCUCCAUGCUUCCUCCUUUGGCCCCAAUCCUCCAGGAUAAAGAAGUAAAGAGCAAAGAAAAAGACAAGAAAAAGGACAAGAAGGAGAAAAAGAAAAAGAAAGACAAAGAAAAGGAUAAAGAGCGAGAGAAGGCCAAAGAGAAGGAGAGGGAGAAGGAGGAGAAGAGAAAAGAAAAGGAGAAGGAAAAGGAAAAACGAGAGAAGGAGAAAGAAAAGGAGAAGGAGAGAAUACGAUUGGAGAAGGUGAAAGUAGAAACUCCAACAACUCUGCCGUCUCCAGUCAUUCCCAGACUGACGCUCAGGGUGGGAGCAGGCCAAGACAAAAUUGUCAUCAGCAAAGUUGUUCCAAAUUCAGAACCCAAGACGCCAGCACCUAAGAUGCCAGCCGCAAAGUCUGGCCCUGGGAAUCGUCCUCGGACCCCCCCUCCACCUCCAAUACUCUCUCCUGUGUUACCCACUCUACCUGUGCCUCCACCUCCUCUACCACCAGCUUCUGCCACAGCGCUGCUCUCUCCUGCACCCAUGCUUUCUCCUGCGGCAUCCUUCAAAGCACCAGUCCGAAGCGUCGUAACCGAGACCGUCAGUAACUACGUCAUCCGAGAUGAAUGGGGAAACAAGAUCUGGAUUUGUCCUGGAUGCAACAAACCUGAUGAUGGCAGUCUCAUGAUAGGAUGUGAUGACUGCGAUGAUUGGUAUCAUUGGCCUUGUGUCGGGAUCCUUACUGCCCCUCCCGAGGACCAGCCGUGGUUCUGUGUGAAAUGUUCAAACAAGAAGAAGGACAAAAAACACAAGAAAAGGAAACACAAACCACACUGAGACUAUGCAAAAAAGCACAUACUUUGGACUGUUUUUUGGACUUAAAGCCAUCACUGAACACUUGUGGCACUGCUGUAAAAUAAAAGAGAAAGUUUAAACUGUGGCUGAUGAUGGCAUCGGAUGAUUUUUCUAAUCAUGUCAGCCAUGAUGAUUUGUGAGUUGGAAUGAAAAAAAAAAAAAGACAGGCUUUAACCAGCACAUAAACAGCCUUAGCUCUCAUGUGGAGCUCUGUGGUUUCCCCUUUUUCACCUGUAAAUUGUUUGCUUGUUUCCACUCGUAGGAAAUCACACUUAUGUUUGUAUAAAAAGACCAUGAUGAUGACUUCAAGAAGAGAGCUUGACGAAGCAGAAUCAGAAAUCAACUAACAUCCACUGUCUUUAUUUCUGUCCCCUUUGUGUUGCCACAGAAGGAAAAACCUCCAACCUCUCCCCAGUUUUCUGCAGUAUCAUUAAAUGUCAUGUAUAUAAUGAUGAUGGCAUCAGGUGUGUAUAAAUGUGUCAAUACCAACCUCCAAGCCAAGUGCAUUUGUUCUUAGGAUUCUGACAUAAAUCCAUUUCAGAUAUUGGUUUUUAACUCAAAUUAUUUUCUGUAAUUUCUGUACAUUUUUUAAAUUUAAAGUUUGUAUUUUUAUUUUUUUUUCUUCAUAUGGAUUUGUCCAGGAGUCAUACUGUAGCUGUGCUUGUAUUGUGAUUAAUUUUGCUGAUAUUUCAAUAUUAAAGAUAAACAGUCUGUGUGCUCACAGACUUUAAGA